AUGCCGGUACGUACUUGUUGUAGAACGGCAUCAGAAUCGCAUACUCAUGAACUCUAGAUCGGUGACCUUCUGGCCUCUAUUACCGGGGAGCCGAGCCCCACGCAGGCAAAUGCUUCUCGUCCUUUGUCUCAACCCACCAAACGCAAGCCUUCCGAUACCGAAACCUACACUCGUCCAGCAGAUAAGCUGCAACGUACCAACUCCUCCAACGCAAAUCCUGUGUCGAGACCUAGUAUCAGAUCCGAGAGAGAUAUCAGUAGACCUCGUGCAGUAGAUACCUCGAUGUCGCGGAUGAAAUUAGAUUCUGACAAACGAACCCCCGUUUCUUCAAUCUCUAGCCCAAUCGCAUCCUCAGCACCAAGAAAUGGCCAACCUUCAACUCCUUCGGCGCCUGAUCCGCGAAGACCGCCGCCGAAGAAGGGUUCAUACGCAGAGAUUAUGGCACGAGGGAAGAUGGCACAGCAAACGAUGGGACAGGUCGGCGCAAUCAAGCAUAAACGUAUCGAAAAGCAGCCCUCUAGGCGCGAACGAGAAGACAUGAAGACCCAAAAGUCCGCAAAUCUAUCAAAAAACAUCGGUCCGAAUGGUAAGUUUCGUAAUACACCAGGUGCAGCUGCUACCAAUGGCAAAAGCCAGGUUUCAGAAGGACGUGGGUCGAAGACGGCGGCAAAUGUAGGAAAAGGCAAAGCAGCUCCUCCAGUACCAGAGAAGAAGAUUAAGAAGGCUGCUUUGGCAACAACAGGUUAUGCAGGAACGGCCCGUCCCAAGCCAGGUGCGAAGCCAGGUUCAAAACCUACAUAUGGAUCUUCGGCUCGUGAGCGUGAACGUGAUCGUUAUGGUCGCAGACCGCCUGCUUUGGGCUCCCGAGAAGACCGAUACGAAAGUUAUGAUGAGGAUGACGAUAUGGAGGAAGAUGAUCAACCUGAUUAUGAGUCGGACGUAUCCUCGGAUAUGGAAGCCGCGGCCUUUGAAGUCGAUGAAGAAGAGGAGAUGGCGGCGAAGAUUGCGAGAAAGGAAGAUCAGCUUGCCCUGGAAGAAGAGAAUCGACUGAAGCGUGAGAAGCUUGAGAAGAAGAAAAAGUUGAUGGCCAUGGCGAAGAAGGCGGAAGGGAAGAAACGGUAUUGA